AUGCGAUUCUUUGUUGGUGCGGCGCUGGGCCUGCUGUCUUCCACGUUAGUCGCGGCCCAAACUUAUACCGAUUGCAAUCCGACACAGAGAUCGUGUCCUGCUGAUCCUGCAUUUGGCCAAUCCGACAAGACAUUUGAUUUCACAAGUGGCGCGGCUAAUGCUUUCAAGUCAACUGGAGCCGUCACAUAUGACCAAACGAAUGGUGCAACCUUCACUGUUUCGAAGCAGGGUGAUGGCCCGCUAAUUCAGUCCGGCUGGUACAUCAUGUUCGGCCGCGUGGAAUUUACUAUCAAGGCAGCACCAGGGACGGGAAUCGUGAGCAGUGCAGUUCUACAGUCGGACGAUUUGGACGAAAUUGACUGGGAGUGGCUGGGCGGAAACAACGCUCAAGUACAGACCAAUUACUUCGGAAAAGGAGACACAACCUCAUUCAGCCGUGGCGCCUUCCACGACAAUUCUGGAAACCACGAUGACUUCCACACUUUCUCUAUCGACUGGACCAGCAGCCAGAUUGUGUGGGCAAUUGACGGCAAGACUGUUCGUGUUCUCACUCCCGAGACGGCAGACACCAACCAGUACCCGCAAAGCCCGAUGAUGAUCAAGGUUGGUGUGUGGGCUGGCGGUGAUUCGAACAAUGCCCAGGGCACUAUUGAUUGGGCUGGUGGCCUAACAGACUAUAGCCAAGGUCCCUUCAUGAUGUAUAUGAAGUCAAUGAUGGUGACUGAUUAUUCCACUGGAACCUCGUACAGGUAUGGUGACCAAAGUGGCUCAUGGCAGUCGAUUAUCGCGGAGGGAGGCCAGGUCAAUGGAAACAAGGGCGCCGAGCCCAAGUCGACCGAGCCUGCACCUGCAAUUACUGCAACUAUCGACAGCGUCCCAGUUCCCUGGAGUGGAACCCACAAAGAAACCUCAACCUGGGUCACCCCAAAUGUCUGGCCCUGGGUGGCGUCCGAAAGCCCCACGGCCGCGUCAACAGGAUACCAGUAUGACUGGGAAUCCAGCUCUGGCCACAACAGGCCACUGGGUGGAGGCUCAAUGAGUGAGCAAUCCCCUGAAUCCCUUUUCGAUUAA